AUGGAAAGCAUUCUCACUGAGACAACUCAGCCAGCAGAAGAAAAAGAAGAAGAGAAUGAAAAAGAAGAAGAAGGGCAUACAGGAAAAUAUGAUAAUGAAGAACAAGUAGAUACUGCAAUAUUUGACAUUGCUGAGCUGUCAAUGGAACCAUUCAAUGACAUUUCUGAAGAACAACAACAAGAACAACAAGAAGAAGGAGAAAAAGAGAAAGAGUUGAACGUAAAAACUGAAGAUGAAAGUAAUAUUAUUGGUGAAGAAAAAAACCUAGACAAGGAGUAUUAUGAUCGAAAAAACAAUAACAAGCAAGAUCAAGAAAUACAUCAUUCCAAAGACAAACACAAGGAUACAAGCAUUGACCUUGUGGCCGAGCAAGCUCGGUCUAUUGAAGGAAUUAUAAACAAUGAAGAGCGUAGGAUAAUAUGGUCUAAAUUGUUACUUUUGGAAGAUACUCAGCCCAAAACAAAACCUGGCUCACUUUUAGGCAGCCCUAGCCCUGCACUACAUAGCCAAGCAACAUUUUCACCCGAUGGGUUUUUACAAAAUCUCGAGAGUGUCGACCUACCGCCUCAUAAGGAUGAGGACCAAGUCAAAUUGGAUAUUCAACGAUCAUUCACUGUGCUAAAUCAUAUACAAUCAUUGCACAAUUGCUAUACAAUUACAUCAUCGAUCUCGGGGUUUUCUACAUCUUCUUCACCAUUAUCAGCUACGUCAUCUCAUUCCGACUCUGAUACAAAGUGUAAAUCUACUUAUUCUUCUACCAAUUCUUUAUCAGUAUCAAAUGCUCGACAUUCUGCAGAACUGGCAUCAGGUGUGGACUUUAUUGAGAAGGGAUCAUCUUUUACAAAUAUUAUCAGUGCUUCGGAUAUCAGCUCACUACGUAAGAUAUUAUCCAAUCUCAUUAUCAAAGUAUUGCGUAAACAUCCAAGCUUACACUAUUACCAAGGUUAUCAUGAUAUUGCCAGUAUAAUAUUGUUGGUUUGCUACGAUGCAAAGCAUAAUCAAUAUAUUGAAGAGGAUAUUGAUCAAGACCUUGCAUUCCGAAUACUAGAAAAAUUAACGGUAUUUCACUUGCGUGAUUUUAUGAUCUCAGAUAUUGCUCUAUCUGUGAAUCAUCUAAGGUUAAUUCCUGCACUUUUGGAACAAGUAGAUACUGAGUUGUUUCAAUUACUAAGGCAGACUUCGAUCCUGUACUUUACGACCAAUGGCAAAUUAUACGAUUAUAAGUUUCUACAAGGGCUAUCAUCCAUUUUGACCAUAUUCUCGCACGAUAUAUCAAACUUGUCGCACAUCUUAACAAUCUGGGACUUCAAUUUAGGGUACAACUCGGUGAUUGUGAAUGUAUACAUUUACGCUGCGUCAAUAGUCUUUUUUAAACAAAGAAUUUGGGAAACUUUACAACUAGAGGAACAUCAAUGCGAUUUUAAAAAUGUCGACCAUGAUGCGGUGCAUAAACUCAUCUCACCGGCAACUUUAUACGCGGAAGGACUUACAGAUUCAGAUUUGGCAAGGAUUUUGGAGAUGACCAAGUCAUUCUUAGAAAAAUAUCCAAUGAGUAAACUUGAAAAUGAAGGUGAUACAUGGCAGAAAUGGUUUAUUGAAUGGAAUCCGCACUCUGUUCUUUUGACGACAUCGGACUUAGCAACAUCGCGGGUAGAAGUGAAUGCCAAGUACGCAAAAGAUUUAUUAGAAUCUGGGGAUAGCCAAUACAGCUUAGAAAUGUUGAUUGCUGCACAAGAGAAGGAAAUCAUGCUGCAAACACUGGCCGAACUUGAAGUAUUUCAUAAGAUAAUUGCAGAACAAGACCAGGAAGCAGAAGAUGAAUAUUUACAGAGCUCGAUAGCAUCUUCUCAAUACGAAGAAGAAGAAGAUGAGGAUGAGGAUGAUUCGGAGACAAACUCUUUAGGCUCUUCAUUGACACGCCAUUCGUCAAUUGCAUCGUCGCUCACGUCAUCGUCACUUUAUAAAAUCACAUCAGCUACAUUGAAGAGAUUAUUCCCACUUUCAUCUCUGCCCCCUAUUGAUGAAGAUGAUAAGAAGAAGAAGAAGAAGAAGUUAGUGAUUCGGAAUAAGAACUGGUUCAUUUCCAAAAAGUUUUACUGUAUCAGCAUUACAGUUGGGAUCAUUGGAGUUUUUUUACAUUUCCUCUUUGUCAAAUACGGAGGCGAAAAUGUUUAUAAAGAAUUCAUGGAUGGCCGCGUGAUGCAAGAGAUAAAACGUACGCUAGGCGAUGUCAGAUUGGUGUUGAGUAGGAUAGUCAGUCCUGUAACAACCCUUGGAGGUGCCAAGCAUACUACCACUAGUGUGCUAGAUGCUGUAGGAACUGGAACAUUGAGAAACUCGGCUUUUGGUAUUUAA